GACCGAGUGGGAGUGGAGUGGAGCGGCCGUUGUUGCCGACUCUUUUCUCCUCCCCACGGUCCAGUCAGCGGGCUGAUCAGGCCAUCGGCCCUCGAGCCGAGACUUGUCCUUUAUUUAGUUCUGAGGAGUGCCUGGCCGACAUGAGUGAUGUAGAGGAGAACAACUUCGAGGGCAGAGAGUCUCGCUCUCAGUCAAAAUCUCCAACGGGAACUCCUGCUCGUGUAAAAUCGGAGAGCAGGUCAGGAUCUCGUAGUCCAUCAAGGGUUUCCAAACACUCUGAAUCCCAUUCUCGAUCAAGAUCAAAAUCCAGGUCAAGGUCAAGGAGGCAUUCUCAUAGACGUUAUACUCGAUCCAGAUCCCAUUCUCACUCUCACAGGAGACGAUCUCGAAGUAGGUCAUAUACACCAGAAUACCGGCGGCGAAGGAGCCGAAGUCAUUCUCCAAUGUCUAACCGGAGAAGGCAUACAGGCAGCAGAGCAAAUCCAGAUCCCAACACCUGUCUUGGAGUGUUUGGCCUCAGUUUGUACACAACAGAGAGAGAUCUUCGUGAAGUAUUUUCUCGAUAUGGACCAUUGAGUGGCGUUAAUGUGGUUUAUGAUCAGCGUACUGGGCGAUCGCGAGGAUUUGCCUUUGUGUAUUUUGAAAGAAUAGAUGAUUCAAAGGAGGCUAUGGAAAGGGCAAAUGGAAUGGAGCUGGAUGGUAGAAGAAUUCGAGUGGAUUAUUCUAUCACCAAGAGAGCACAUACACCUACACCAGGCAUCUACAUGGGCAGACCAACUCAUAGUGGUGGUGGCGGCGGAGGUGGAGGCGGAGGUGGAGGCGGAGGAGGUGGCAGACGUCGAGAUUCUUACUAUGAUAGAGGAUAUGAUCGUGGAUAUGACAGAUAUGAAGACUAUGAUUACCGGUACAGAAGAAGGUCACCUUCUCCUUAUUAUAGUCGAUACAGAUCACGAUCAAGAUCUCGUUCCUACAGCCCAAGACGCUAUUGAUAAUGGAAUAGUUGCAGUUAAGGACUUUUUUCCCCUUUAUUUUUUUCUCUCUCUCUCUCUCUCUUUUUUUUUAAAAAUUCUGGAUUUCCCCAAGCUUCUAAUCCUUCCUAUUCCUAUAAAAGAGCCCUUAAAAAUAUAUAUUUGGUUCAGUUAGCAUCUGCACUUUUGUCAAUUGUGUUGAUGUUUUCCACUCCUUUUAUUAUACUAUUAAAGAUGUAAUUGUCAUUUUGAGUAGUUUAAACAUCUUGAGUAAAAAGGAACCCCAGUGUUAUGCUUUGUGAUUUUUUUCCUUUGCUUUUACAGAUGAUUAACUCCUAGCUAAUCAAAUGAGGAAAGAAACAAUUUUUAAAGCUUCCUUUGUGUUAGAUAUUGCAUCAGAGGUCUGCAUUUACGAAGAACUCCUUUUUUAACUUUCAGGGAAGAUAGUAACACAUAAAGUAGGUUCGGUCAUGUCAGGUUUGUCUGGGGAGGCAUGGAGCAAAUAGUUGAGUGUAGAAAGUUUGAAACUAUAGAAAAAAACUUCCUUGAACAUUUCUUUUGAAGAACAGAAUUUUUGUACCCUAAAAAAUGUCUUUUUUUAGAAAUGAAAAGCUUGUGGACUCCUACAAAAACAUGUUGUAUUUGAAGUACAUCUGUUAAACCUUACAAAGUUAAAGUGUGAUUUUUGUGUUAAACUUAUUGAAAUUUAAGUAUUCCUUUAUCAGUGAAGGACAGCCUUUAUUUAUUACCUACAGCAAUUGUAUAAUUUGCUGUUAGAAAUUUUAGUAUUGGGACAAUGGUUAAGCAGGUUAUUGUAUAGCAUAGAGUCUUUAGAAGAUACAUGGAAACGUAGUCUGCCUUCAAAUAAAAGUUAAUUUCUUUGAAAA